AUGUCAUUUUAUAGAUACAUAUUUCGUAUCGUCUCUGCGACCCUAUUUUCCUUCCUCUCCAUCAUUCUCUUCGCGUUGACACUUCUCUCUCCAGCCGACAUAAUAUAUCAGUCCCAUCGAAACCAUAGGCUGGGAAACAUCUUCGCCAUUAGCGGAGUCUACAUAAUCACCUUACUUCUGGCUAUAUUGAUAUAUGCCAGCCGCCUGUUCACGAACCGCAGUGUUCUUGCUGGUAUCCCAAAACCAUGGAUCCCGGUUGAAAAAGCAGAUGUAUCAAAGAGAGUCAGAAGGCUUGUCGUUGGCGGCUUGCUUCGAAGCUCUGUUAUCGCCCAGCAGUCUCGUCCGAGAGAUGUUUCCCAGGAUGAUACAGGGCAUCUUGAUCCAUCUCUCCUAAUCCCCAAAGACCAAAAGCCUCCAUGGGGCUCAAUUUCGCAUGCAGGUUGGACGGCACCACAUUGUCCAGACCUUCCAAACCAGGAGUUUGAGGCUGUUAUUAAAGAGCUUCCUCAUUUGAUCGAGGCAAAAGCCGUGUCGCUAGCACCCACAGAUCCUAGACCGAUGUCGCGGCUGGAUCACCAAGCCAGCCGCUCCCGAGGGGAUGAGAGAGUGCAUGAAGUACCGGAUGAGCGUGUUGUUGAGAUAUUGCAGAGACCUCCAAAUAUGUGUCUUCGUGACUAUCUGAAUCACCUCAAUCGCCUCAGCCUAAUAGAUCCGCCGCAUCUGAUCCAGGACUUCAUUCGGUUGUACGAAUGUUCACGAUUCUCAGGAAGGCCGCUGGAAGAGUGCGAAUUCCGAGAAAUGAUGGGGCUUUUCGCUGAAAUUCUAAGGAGCAUGAGAGGAAUCAAUCCAGUAAUCCUUUCGGAACUGCAAUCAACUGGAUCAUCAGAUGGCGCAGGAUCAAUCGGGGGUAGAUCUUCAUACUACGGAGGCGGGCCUGUAUUUUCAAAUUCGGAUCCAUCUUUUGUAUCUGUUGCAGAGAAUAAAGGUGAUAUACCAGCUCGCUUACGGUAUCAUCCUUCGAUAUAUUCAGCUUCCGACAAGAGCAGUUUUCGUUUGGGGGCAAGCGAUACGCAUAGCAUACGGACCCGUCGAACGCCAUCGACCAGAUCACUCCGGCUAAUGCCUUCCAACGUUUCCAUAAAUUCCGGAGAGAGUGUCAUCCGGCGUACUGUCUCUCAUGUGUGA